UCUCAGUCGAGUGACGGCACGCACAAUUAAUCACGCGCGGCACGCACUUGCAUACAAACAUGCGUGCAUAGCGCAUAUAUAUACGGGGACAGCGGUAGGCAGCUAGCAGGGCAGAUCGAUACAGAGUUGUGACCGAGAUGGCUCGUGCUGUGCUCGCCUUAGCGGCAAUCUUGGCGUUAGUGGCUUCGAGCUGCCCUGCAGUGUCACUUGCACAUCGGCAGAAGCGGCAGCCGCCGAUACUGGCGCGGGGCCUGUCGCUGGACUUCUACAGGCAGAGCUGCCCGCGGGCCGAGUCCAUCGUGCGGGACUUCAUCAAGGACGCCGUCCGCAAGGACAUCGGCCUCGCCGCCGGACUCCUCCGCCUCCACUUCCACGACUGCUUCGUCCAGGGGUGCGACGCGUCUGUGCUGCUGGUGGGCUCGGCGACGGGCCCACAGGACCAGAUGGGGGAGCAGAGGGCGCCGCCCAACCUCAGGCUCCGGCCCUCCGCCAUCAGGGCCAUCAGCGACAUCCGUGACCGUCUCGAGCGAGAGUGCAGGGGCGCCGUGGUCUCCUGCUCCGACAUCCUGGCCCUGGCGGCCCGCGACUCCGUGGUGGUCUCAGGCGGGCCGGACUACGAAGUCCCCCUGGGCCGGCGCGACAGCCCGCGGUUCGCCACGAUGCAGGACGUCAUCGCGGGCCUGCCCGCGCCGUCCUCCACCGUGCCGGCGCUCCUGGCCGUGCUGAACAAGAUCAACCUGGACGCCACCGACCUCGUCGCCAUCUCCGGCGCGCACACCGUGGGGCUGUCCCCCUGCAGCUCCUUCGAGGACCGGCUCUACCCGCGGCAGGACCCCAACAUGAACCCGCCGUUCGCGGCCCGGCUCAGGCAGAUCUGCCCGGCCAAGGGGGUGAACCGGAGCACCGUGCUGGAUGUGUCCACGCCCAACGCCUUCGACAACAGGUACUACGUCAACCUGGUGAACCGGGAAGGGCUCUUCGUCUCCGACCAGGACCUCUUCACCAACCCGGCCACCAGGCCCAUCGUCACCCGCUUCGCGCGGAGCCAGCGGGAGUUCUUCGAGCAGUACGGGGUGUCUGUGGCCAAGAUGGGGCAGAUCAAUGUGCUCACGGGCUCGCGGGGGCAGGUCCGUAGGAACUGCUCCGUCCGCAACCCCGGCACCGUCUGAGUCUGACUGACAGAGUUUUCGAGCUAGACUGCUCUGCUUUGCCAUAUCCUAUAGCUAUUAGCUAGUAGUGGCUUCAUGGCUUGGUGGGAUCAUCGAGUGAGAUAUGAGUAGCAAGGACUGCUGGCUGUUGAUUAUGUCGAAAUAAAGUGAUCAAGGCAAGUACUUCUGGAUGCU